AUGGCGUUCACGCUGUCAACAUUACCAAAAGCUCCCAAUCCCAUCACCGUCGUCGUCCCGGAAAAUCCAAAGAAAUUCAUCAUUCAACACUGCAAGACAUCUCGUGACCUCAAGCAAGUCCACGCCCACCUCAUCAAAACUCGCCGCCACCACCACCCCGCGGUGGCGGAGCCACUCCUGGAGGCGGCGGCCCUCCUCCUCCGCAACCCCGACAUUAAUUACGCGGUCUCAAUUUUCACAAAUCUCGAAAUCCCUCAAGCAUCAGCCUACAACGUAAUGAUAAGAGCCUUUACGCACAGCCAAUCCCCCAAAAAAUCCCUUCUUCUGUUCAGACAAAUGAUCGAACAUCUCUGCCCUGACGAAUUCACAAUUUCGGGAAUCCUCAAAGCUUGUUCGAAAAUUGGAGCUGUAAGAGAAGGUGCGCAGAUUCAUGCUCUUUUUGUGAAACGUGUCGAUUAUUUUGCGUGUAGAGAAUUUGUCGAGAAUGGUUUGGUUUAUAUGUACGCUUGCUGUGGGCAAGUGGAAAUGGCGCGGAAAGUGUUCGACGAAAUGCCUGAAAGAAGUUCAGUUGCGUGGAACAACAUGUUCUCAGGGUAUGUUAGAAACGGACAUUGGGAUGAGGUCGUGAGAUUGUUUCGAACAAUGCUUGAAAUUGGAGACAGAUUCGAUCAAGUAACGUUGAUUAAUGUUUCGACAGCUUGUGGAAGGAUUGGUGAUUUGGAAUUGGGGGAUUGGAUUUGUGGCUAUGUUCUUCGAAAAGGGCUUUUUAGGAAUCAUAAUUUGGCUACUUCUCUCGUCGAUAUGUAUUCGAGGUGUGGCCGCGUCGACAUUGCUCGGAAUUUGUUCGAUAAAAUGUCGAAUCGGGACGUCGUUGCGUGGAGCGCCAUGAUUGCCGCUUACAAUCGAUCGAAUCGGUGCGGUGAGGCGUUGGAUUUGUUCCGCGACAUGAGGAAUGCGAAUGUAAAACCCGACGAAGUCACGUUGGUAAGUGUGGCAUCGGUUUGCGCGGUUCUUGGAGCACUCUCGACGGGAAAAUCAAUUCAUUCUUACAUAAGGAGGACGAAAACGAUGCUUACGGUAAAUCUCGGGACAGCGCUAAUUGAUUUCUACGCGAAAUGCGGGUUCGUCGACGGAGCGCUCGAAGUUUUCGACCAAAUGCCGGUGAAGAAUGUCAGUGCGUGGACGGCGUUGAUCCAAGGCCUAGCGAGCAACGGGAGAGGCAAAGCCGCGCUCGAGCAUUUCGAAUCGAUGCGGCGGGAAAACGUGUUGCCGAACGACGUAACGUUCAUCGCCGUUCUUGGCGCUUGCAAUCACGCGGGAUUGAUCGACAAAGGAAAGCGGUAUUUCGAUAGUAUGAGUCGAGAUUUCGGAAUCGCGCCGAGGAUCGAGCAUUACGGUUGCGUGGUGGAUAUGCUCGGUCGAGCGGGAUCGAUAAACGAAGCGUACGAGUUUAUAAAAAGCAUGCCAAUUGAGCCAAGCGCGAUCGUAUGGCGAACGUUGCUCGCAGCGUGCAGAUCGCACAAAAACGUCGAAAUCGGGGAAGAAGCAUUCAACCGCGUCGUCGAAAUCGAGCCACCGCACGGCGGGGAUUACAUACUACUUUCAAAUCUAUACGCCUCGGUGGGUCGAUCGAACGAUGCCGUGAGCCUAAGAAACGAGGCGAAAAGGCUCGGGGCGAUCAAGAACAGACCCGGGUGCAGCUACAUCGAAAUCGACGGUACGGUCCAUCGAUUUUUAGCCGAGGAUAAACGACACCCCGAAUACAUCGACGUAUACAAUGCACUCGAAGACAUGAUGGGGAAGAUUAAAUUGGCGGGAUAUGUACCCGACACGUCGCAAGCGAGGUUAGAAGCCGAGGAUGACGAUGAUCGAGAAGCCUCGAUUGCGCAUCACGGCGAGAAGCUAGCAAUCGCUUACGGGCUCAUUCGGACAGCCCCGGGGGAUGUAAUAAGGGUGACUAAAAGCCUUAGAAUAUGUAACGAUUGUCACAACGCUGCGAAGAUGGUUUCGAAGGUUUUUAGUCGGGAAAUCGUCGUUAGGGAUAAGAAUCGAUUCCACCAUUUUUCGGACGGAUAUUGCUCGUGUAGAGAUUUUUGGUAAUAUUCGAUCGCCAAGAAUGUAACAUUGUAUCGAAGCCGUUAAAGUGUUGAUCGGGUCAAAUAAGCAUUCGUAUUGUAUAUAU